CACCAAUUGUCCUAUAGUUCACCUCUUGAAUAUUGAUGAUUUCUUGCAUUCUGUUCUUAGCAAUUUUUUUCUUUGCUCUGACUUCUCCUCCUGAGUGAUUCCAUUCAUCCCCCUUCCUUCAGCAGUCACAUCGGAUCUUUUUUCUUUCUUAUGCAUUAGACCAGGGGUCAACACACAGCUUGCUGACUGUUUUUGCAAAAAAAAAAAAGGUUAUUGGAACACAGCCACGCCUAUGUGUUUACAUAUUGUCCGUGGCUGAUUUCACGCUACAAAGGCAAAGUUGAGUAGUUGCGGCAGGGACCAUAUGGCCUCGAAACACUGAAAUAUUUACUCUCUGUCCCUUUACAGAAAAGUUUGCUGACCCCUGCUUCAGGCCCAUAUAUCCAACUGCUUAGUGGACAUCAGUGCCUGAAUUUUCUAGAAUGUCUGUCUCCCCCAAUGCUCAUGUUUUUUCCCCCUUCUGUGAAUUAUCAUUCACCCAGGAACCACACUCAUUCCAGGUGGCAUGUGUGACUCCACUUCCUACCCAUCUCACACAUCCUGUGUGCUGCUGCCAGAUGAUAGGUGACCUCCAUAACACUCAGCUGUUCACACGCUGUCUGCCAUUCGUUGGGAAGCAUUAUGGGCCAGGCAGCAUCUAAGAUGCUUCACGUGCACUAUCUGCUUUCGUCCCCACAACUACCUGAUGGGGAAAGGUCCUUAAAGAAGCUCAACCAUGCCAAUGUAGUAAAAUUAAAAGAAGUUAUCAGGGAAAAUGAUCAUCUUUAUUUUAUCUUUGAGUACAUGAAGGAGAAUCUUUACCAGCUCAUUAAAGAAAGAAAUAAGUUGUUUCCUGAGUCUGCUAUAAGGAAUAUCAUGUAUCAGAUAUUGCAAGGACUUGCAUUCAUUCACAAACAUGGCUUCUUCCAUCGGGACUUAAAGCCUGAGAACCUCCUCUGCAUGGGACCAGAGCUGGUGAAAAUUGCAGACUUUGGACUUGCCCGAGAAAUCCGAUCGAGACCUCCGUACACAGACUAUGUAUCCACCAGAUGGUAUAGGGCUCCAGAAGUGCUCCUGAGGUCCACCAACUACAGCUCCCCCAUUGACAUCUGGGCCGUGGGCUGCAUCAUGGCCGAAGUGUACACCCUCAGGCCGCUCUUUCCUGGCGCCAGUGAAAUUGACACCAUCUUCAAAAUUUGCCAGGUGUUGGGGACACCGAAAAAGACUGACUGGCCUGAAGGCUACCAACUUUCAAGUGCAAUGAACUUCCGCUGGCCCCAGUGUGUACCCAAUAACUUAAAGACCCUGAUUCCAAACGCUAGCAGCGAAGCAAUUCAGCUCCUCAGAGACAUGCUCCAGUGGGACCCCAAGAAGCGGCCAACCGCCAGUCAGGCGCUUCGCUAUCCUUACUUCCAGAUUGGGCACCCCUUGGGCAGCACCACACAGAGCCUUCAGGAUUCAGGAAAACCACAGAAGGAAGUCCUGGAAAAGGCAGGCCCACCUCCUUACAUGAAGCCUGUCCCUCCGGCCCAGCCCCCAAACAAGCCACACACGCGGAUUUCUUCCAGGCAACAUCAAGCCAGCCAGCCUCUUCAGCAUGUCCUGUACCCCUACAAAGUCGAGGCUUCCAGGACAGAUCACCCGAGCCAUCUUCCGGAGGACAAGCCAAGCCCGUUGCUCUUCCCAUCCCUGCACACCAAGAAUCCUCAGGCAAAAAUCCUCACUGGCCUGGAGCACAAAAAUGGUGAGAUCAAGCCAAAGAGUAGGAGGCGGUGGGGUCUCGUUUCCAGGUCCACAAAGGAUUCUGAUGAUUGGGCCGACCUGGAUGACUUGGACUUCAGUCCCUCCCUCACCAGGAUUGACCUGAAAAACAAGAAAAGACAGAGUGAUGAGACCCUCUGCAGAUUUGAGAGUGUUUUGGACCUGAAGCCCUCUGAGCCUGUGGGAACAGGAAACAGCGCCCCUACCCAGACUUCGUAUCAGAGGCGAGACACGCCAACCCUGCGAUCUGCCGCCAAGCAGCUCUACUUGAAGCACUCGCGAUACCUGCCUGGAAUAAAUAUGAGAAAUGGCGUACUCCCGAAUCCAGGCAAGGAUUUUAUUCCAUCUAAUCCAUGGUCUAGUUCUGGUGUGUCUGGAAAAUCUUCAGGAACGGUAUCGGUAAUCAGCAAAAUAAAUUCAGUGGGUUCCGGCUCUGCAAGUUCUAGAGGACUGACUGGAAACUACAUCCCUUCCUUUCUGAAAAAAGAAAUCGGUUCUGCUAUGCAGAGGGUACACCUGGCCCCUAUCCCAGACCCUUCCCCUGGUUAUUCUUCCCUGAAGGCUGUGAGACCUCAUCCCGGGCGACCUUUUUUCCAUACCCAGCCUAGAAGCACUCCUGGGUUGAUGCCCCGGCCUCCGGCCGCCCAGCCUGUGCACGGCCGGACCGACUGGGCCGCCAAGUACGCGUCUCGGCGAUGACUGUCACAAAGCCCUUUGUAGGGGAAAGCAGGACACUAUCCCUCAUCCCACUGGUGUUCUAGCUGCAAGAACCUGUCGAGUGGUGUAAAAGCAAACAAACGCUUCAUAGUUAUCUUCUGAACUAAGACAUUUCAAUAUUCUUUUUAGAAUUUUUUUUUAAAUAUUGGUUUGAAUGCAAUACCCUUUUUUUGUACAAAAUUAUUUUAUUCUAAAACUGGGUCCCGUUAUUUUCUUAAGCAGCAACAUUUUGUAAAUAUGGAUUAUGUUUUAGCAUUUUAUACAGUCAACUUUGUAAUGAACUUUUUAAAGAUUAAUUGGUUUUCCUUUGGGGUUCCAGAUAAUAUUUUAUACAGAUUUUUAAAAAUGUAAUAAUAUUGAUGCAGUAUUGCAACAGGCGUGCAAUUUAAAGCUACAUGAUAAAGGGUUAUUUACUCAACUUGUGGGGAUAAUUGUGAAGUGCUGAAAUUUCACAUGUGGCGUAUCAGGUACUUCCGGCUCAUUGGACUGCCAUCUAGAUCACUAGAAAAAUGAUCUGCUUUCCUCAAUGUCAUGUUAUUGGUUUGAUUUUUUGAUACCGCUGUGCUGUUCAGAAAGUACUGUUGUAUAAUUCACUUUGUUUUGAUCUUGUUCCCCAGAUGAAGGAACUCUAAGUAAAUAUAUUUUGAAAUUUUGACCACAGCCCUCAUGGUGGUUGGUAACAUCCAGAAGAAACCCAGCUUUAUACGCUAUGCCAUCCCCUUCUGCUUUCUUCCAUUUUUGAAAGCAAAUGGUAUAAGUACCCACCAAAGGAAAGCCUUUCAGCCAGAAGGUUCUCCACAUAAAGGUUAACACAGUCACUUAAACAUGUCCCUGCCAGGACACAUUGACACAUGCUAAGUUUCAAAGCAGCAGCAGAUUUUUUUGUUAUAAUAACUGAUAGAAUUUUGCAUUCAGCUCAGUUCUCCAGGCCUGGCUGGGAACAGACAAUGAAUACUCUUUUGUCCUAGCCAAAUUCUCAGGGCAGUUUGGGGAGCAGAAAAGAUGUAUGGCAGAGGUUCCACUUAUCUGGGAAGUCACGGUGACCGCGAUGUUCGUGUCCGUCGGGUGCCACAUUUGAACUCUUAACCCUUGUGUAGUUUCAACAGUGAGAACUCUCUCUGUCGGGCAGAGGCUGUUCUGUUGAGAGGAAUGUUUACAGCAAUUUUGAAAAGGACAAAGCUAGUUUGGAGACAGAAAAAGACAAAAGGUCCACUCUCAUCCAUCUCUUUGGGGCACAUUUGCCUCCACUCAUGGUUACCUGAAAGGCAAGAGCGAAGGUCACCACCGGUGAACAUGAUAGCAUCUCAGUAGUGUGUUGACUCAUAUUCUCUCAGGGCACAAACUACUCUCGUUUGCUUCCAGGUUCCAGGAUAGAGCAAGUUGACCCGUAUGAAAUUGUCAUUUUUGUAGGUUAAAAUGAAUAUUGGCACUUUGAUAUGCUUCAACCUAGUAAGUUGAUAAAAUAUUGCUUUGAUGUGUUAAUAAUACAUUGCAGCCUGAACAAAUUACCAUGGCUCCCAGAGAGCCCUAACCUAAAAUCAGGGAGUAAUUUCUGCUUUGGAGAAUCUGGCUCAAAAAGAUACUUGACCAAGCACUAUGGCCACUAGAGGCAUAAGAAAAGCACAUAAUGGAUAUGGAUUUGAUGGGUAAUGUUUUCCUGUUAACAAACUGGCGGCAAAGCUUCAGAAAAUAAAUAUGUACAUGUACGCACAACUUGAAGCUGAAUUGAUUUCUGUAUUAUAUUCACAACUCAUUAUCUAAAGCAACAGAAAAUGUGUUUUCAGAGAUGACUCUUUACUGAGGUUAAAAUAUUUAUUUUCCCUUUCUGUAUUGUGUAUAAAAAGUAAUUUAAUCUGUAACCUUACCCAGCUUGCUGGAAAGCUGGUUUUAAAUUGUAAAUACCCCAUAGACAAGCAAAUAGAUUGUGAAUACCAUAUUCUUGGCGCUCUAGCUUAUGUUAAGGUCAUUACACUUCUUUUUAAAUUGAAAAACCUAGUUACCUGGUUAUUACACAUUAUAAAAUUGUUUUUGAAUACUUGUGUAGGGCCCAAAUUUGGAAAAUAUUUCACUUUUCUUUCUCUUCUUUCCUUUGUUUAUUAGCAAACAACUUCCCUUGGGAAGCCAAACACAUUUAUUCAUGUGAAAGUCAAGAAGCUGAUGCACAGUUGAGAAAACUAGAAGACUGGAAAAGCAAUGUAAAUUCUUGAGAACUAACCCAAAUCCUGAAAUACUCUUUUUUCCCCCCUAAAUGGGUAAAGGACAAAUUGUAUAUACAAGCUGUUUCCUAUAGAAGGGAAUAGUGACCAUCUUUUGUUAUGUGAAAAUAAAAUGCUACCUGUUGCAUAUAUUUUUCAGUUACUAUAGAAUUAUAAAAUGUACUGUAAGAUGCCAAGAGGAAUGAUGAGUUUCACUGUACCUGUCCAUGACUAGCUCAUUUCAGAGUCGGGGAGCUUUCUGGGAUGUCAGGAGAUGGUGCAGGGAUGGCUCUCAUUCAGUGCCAGUGGCGUGCUGGGGGGUCCCUGUGUAAACUGCAGGGAAACUGCAUGAGCAUCAAAGCUACUCUUGGUGUGAUUGUUCGUUUUACAAGAAAAUUCCAGUCAUUUCUAAGCCCUCCCUCAGCUCAUGUAUGAUAGGAUUUAAGUAGGAAGAAAAUUGAUUUUCAAACAAUUUUUAGAGACAUCUCUUGCCUAAAGAACCAUAUACAGCUAAUAAAUUGACACUAUGUCAUCUCCCGGAGUUAUCAAAAAUUGAGUACAAUCAAGGCAACACACGGAAAACAAAACAAGAAUCCAAAUACCGGUACUGUUGGAGUUCAUGGGCACCAUGAUUUCUCAUUUCCCUACCAUCAAGCCAUUGUUUUGUGCCAUUUAGGAGAGAAGGAACGCAGGUGUAUGUUUCAGCUCCGUGUAUAACCAAAAGCAAUAUGUUUAUAAGAAAAUGUUUGACAUACUAAUUAUUUUAUCUCAUUUAAAGCAUACUGUAGCAACUGGUUUGUUUAAUAUAUGUGGUUAAUUUUUAGAAUUAUUUUUACAAUUUCCAACCAAAGUACUGUAUUUUAUAUAAUUUAUUGGGAAGACCUCUUCAUGGAAACCAUUAAGAAGACAAACUGGAGGCAAAUAUCACAUUAAUCUGUAUUAUCAGUUUCUUAUAGACACUGUGCUAAUGUGAAUUUAAAAUCACCGGAACAGUCUUCUGAUCUCAGAUGUCUCACUGCUGAGAGCAGAUUAUCCCCUGAUUUGAUUACAAGGGAGUAACUGAGAAAAUACUUAUUUAUAAAGCAAAUAUUCAUAAUGAUGAGAAGAUAGGAGGACAGAAAACCACUUACUCAAGCCCCUUCUGAAAUGAAAUGUUGCUUCUUGAACAGUUUGUCCUGAGGUGUUUAAAAAAGUUCAUUUUACAUAAGAAAAUUCUGCUCCAAAUAAAGUUACAGUUUAAGAAAAAUUGA